GUCAGAAAUUGAAAAUAAUUAAAAUACAAAAAAAAAUAACCUGAAAUCUACGAAAACAUCUAAAUCCCAUCCCAAAAUAAUUCUUAUAAAUUACAUACACAUUUGAUUUAAUUUAUCUUCCAAAAUGAACUUGUGUUUACGUCCAAGAAUUCUUAAAACCAGCUUAUUUAGUAAUUUAUGUCGGUUGUCUACCACAUCACCUGAAGUGAUAGAACAGAACGAAACAAUUCUAAUCGAAGACACUGAAAAUGUUCAGGCGAAAGAAGCCGAGAUUGAGAAGAAACGCAACAAGUCUCGGCUUUCAGAAUCACAUUACAACAUCGUCCAUGGGCGAAGACCAUACGAGACGCCAAAAUCUACUGCCCAUUUGACUGUGAAGUAUAACAGAAAAAUGUAUGGAAAAUACGGCAGUGCUAGUGGAGUUAAUCCUAGUUUAUGCUGGCCGACCAAAGACGAAAUAAAAGAAAAGCUAGAGUAUGAAGCUGUGGCAUACCCUUUUACAAUCAAGGAGAUGAUGGAAGCGGCUGCUGAGAAAAGAAAGGAAGAACAGCUAGCUAUUGAAAAGAGGGAACAAGAUUUGGCGAUGAAGUUUGAGAAGCUUGCCAUGUGGAAAAAGGAGCUCAAUGAUAAAUUGAAGAAGAAAGUGGCAGAGGCGGAAGCGGCAAAGGCCAAGAAAGAGAGGCUUGUUGAAGAAGUCCGAAGACACUUUGGCUUCAAAUUGGACCCCAGAGACGAGAGGUUCCAGGAAAUGCUGGCUAAGAGGGAGAAGGAACAGAAAAAACUUGAGAAACAGGCGCGCAAGGAAGCCAAAGAGAAAGUCAUGAUUGCACAGAUUCAAAAGAAGAGUGUUGAUUUGGUUUGAUGACGUGUUAAGAAUUUUUAUAGUGUAGAAGUUUAGAUUAAAGGUAUGUUAAUGUUU